AUGUCUUCUCUGAGCAUCGAUGUCCAGACCAAAGACCUCAAGUCUAAGCCAGGUGUCGAGCUUGAUUCCGAGCAGAAGACUAUCAUAGGCAGCGUACUAGAUCUUUUCAAAGGCCUUCCAUCAAAAGAGAAAUUGUCUCUGUGGAAGGACGAUGCUGUUUUCGAAGAUCCAUUGACUGACGCACGCGGUCGCUCGCAAUUUGAGGCUCAAUGGUAUGGUCUGGCUGCGGCUUUUUCGAAGAUCGAAUUACAGUCACAUGAGGUUAUCUCCGCCGGGAACCCAAUAGUAUUAGAUGUGAAGAACCUUUACACUGUCAAAGGAAUCAACAAGGAACAACUCAUCCAAUCCAAGAUAGAGAUCUAUGUUGGCCCAACGGGAAAGAUUGAGAAGGUUCUCGAUAAGUGGGAUGGCAGUAUUCCUGAUGGACCCUUUGCAAGUGCAUUCCGCCGUCUCAACGCAAAGGUCGUUCCAGGAUUUGUGUCUGUUCCAAAGGAUGCUGCGGAGGAGGCCAAGAAGAGCUCUUAG